GGCCGGAGAAAUUAAAAAUUGAAUACAGUUAAAUAAAGAAUACUCCUAAAGCUAAACUCAGUCGCUAUUUAUAGCUAACCCACAAGCUUCUCUCACCGCAGACAUACAAAAAAAGGUUUGGUUCCAAAAGCCAAAAGCUUCCCUCUACGAAUAGCAAAUCACACAAACACACACACAAUGAUAGCUUACAUAGAGCCAUACUUCUUAGAUAACGACGCUGAAGCCGCCUCCGUCACCGGACAAUCUUUUGAUGGCGUCUCCGAGUCACUCGACAUCCAGGGAGAAAUCUUAUGCGGCGGUGCUGCGGCGGAUAUCGCCGGAAAAGACUUCGGUGGCAUGAACUGCGUGAAGCCUCUUGCGGUGGUGAGACCCGUGGGACCGGAGGAUAUCGCCGGAGCGGUGAGAGCAGCUCUGAGGUCCGAUAAACUCACCGUGGCGGCGCGUGGAAACGGCCAUUCUAUCAACGGCCAGGCCAUGGCGGAAGGAGGACUCGUCGUCGAUAUGCGUUCCACGGCGGAGAAUCAUUUCGAGGUUGGUUUUUUACCCGGCGGUGCGUUUGUCGACGUCUCCGGAGGGGAAUUAUGGGAAAACGUGUUGAAACGGUGCGUUUCGGAGUAUGGCUUGGCGCCUCGGUCGUGGACUGAUUACCUCGGGUUGACGGUAGGCGGGACGUUGUCGAAUGCCGGCGUUGGUGGACAAGCGUUCCGUUACGGACCACAGACGUCAAAUGUAACGGAGUUAGAUGUGGUGACGGGAAACGGAGACGUCGUUACUUGCUCGGAGAUGGAGAACUCGGAGCUCUUCUUCUCCGUUUUAGGUGGUCUUGGCCAGUUCGGUAUCAUCACCAGAGCUAGGGUUUUGCUACAGCCAGCACCAGAUAUGGUGAGGUGGAUAAGAAUCGUUUACACCGAGUUCGACGAGUUCACUCGGGACGCCGAGUGGCUAGUGAGUCAGAAGGAUGAGUCAUCGUUUGAUUACGUGGAGGGAUUUGUGUUCGUCAACGGCGAUGACCCGGUCAACGGAUGGCCUAUAGUUCCACUCCACCCAGACCACGACUUUGACCCGACCCAACUCCCACAGUCAUCCGGCUCGGUUCUUUACUGCCUUGAACUAGCUCUCCACUACCGAGAUUCCGACUCUAACUCAACCGUCGACAAGAGAGUGGAGAGAUUGAUCGGACGGCUGAGAUUUGUUGAGGGGUUGAGGUUCGAGGUGGAACUGCCUUACGUUGACUUUUUACUGAGGGUAAAACGAGCUGAAGAGAUCGCAAAGGUGAACGGCACGUGGGAAACGCCGCACCCUUGGCUUAACCUCUUCGUGUCGAAACGUGACAUCGGGGAAUUUGAUCGGACGGUUUUCAAGGAACUUGCCAAGAACGGAGUCGGAGGGCCCAUGUUGGUCUACCCACUCUUGCGAAGCAGGUGGAAUGACCGUACAUCCGUGGUUUUACCUGAAGGAGAGAUAUUCUACAUUGUGGCAUUGCUUCGAUUCGUGCCGACGUGUGCUAAACCUUCGUCGGUCGAGAAAAUGGUGGCUCAAAAUCAGGAGAUUGUUCAAUGGUGUGUCAGAAAGGGAAUAGAUUUCAAGCUAUAUUUUCCUCACUACAAGUCUCGAGAGGAAUGGAUUCGUCAUUUUGGGAACCGAUGGUCGAGGUUCGUUGACAGGAAAACAAUGUAUGAUUCCAUGGCUAUCCUUUCACCGGGUCAAAAGAUUUUCAAUAGGGCUCCUUGAUCCCCCUAUUGUACUUUUGUAUUCUUAAGUUACAUUGGUCUGAUGUAAUUUUUAUAUAUUUCUUUUCUUUGUAAUUUUACUUUUCCCCAAUAAAAAAUCAGCUGGGUUUUUAAUUCAUUAAAAAGUGGUCUCUGAGUCUUUGUCCAAUUAUGAAGUUCUAUUCACAAGAAAUACGUUCUUCUUUUUGUUCAAAAUAAAAAUCUGUACAUUUCUUUUCUAUUUUACUAUUCGUGAAAAAGAUCGAGUAGAUUUUCAUUGC